CUCCCUUAUCCUUUCUCCAAGAUGAGUUUUGGUUCAGAUCAUUACCUCUCCUCUUCAUACAGGAAGAUCUUUGGAGACUCACCCAGGUCAUCCAGUCGCCUUGGGGUGGGCAGUUCUUCAUCCAGGACAACAAUAUCUGGCGGCUUUAGGUCCCAGUCACAGUCCAGAAGCAAUGUCCCAUCUGGGUCCUCUUACAGGAGAUCUGUCCGGCCUGGUGGCUACUUGUCUGGAGAAAACUUAGACCUGACCCAAACUUCAGUGGUGAACAAUGAAUUCAAGAUCAUACGAACCAAUGAGAAGGAACAGCUCCAAGGUCUCAAUGACCGCUUUGCAAUGUUUAUUGAGAAGGUCCACAACUUGGAGCAGCAGAACAAAGUGUUGGAGACGGAGCUCGUAGCCUUGAGGCAAAGGCAGUCCGAACCAUCCAGGCUGGGGGAGCUCUACCAGCAUGAGAUCAAAGAUCUUCGGGCUCAGCUGGAGGACAUGAACGCGGAAAAGUCCCAGCUCAUCCUGGAGAGGGACAGCCUAGAAGAUGAUCUCCAGAAGCUGAAGGCCAAAUAUGAGGAUGAGAUAAGGAUGAGGGAGGAAACGGAAUAUGCUUUGAAGGCGCACAAGAAAGAUGUAGAUGAUGCCACCUUAGCUCGCCUGGACCUAGAGAAGAAGGUGGAAUCUCUGUUAGAUGAGAUCAACUUUCUGAGAAAAGUGCAUGAAGAAGAAGUGACCGAGCUGAUGGCCAUGCUCCAAGCCUCCCAAGUCUCGGUGGAGAUGGAGUUGUCCAAGCCUGAUUUAACCUCGGCUCUGAAAGAGAUCCGCUCACAGUACGAAAACCUUGCUGCCAAGAACCUGCAGUCUGCAGAUGAGUGGUACAAGUCCAAGUAUGCCAACCUGAGUGAGCAGGCAUCUCGCAGCUCCGAGGUGAUCAGGGCCAGCAGGGAGGAGAUCAACGACUACAGAAGGCAGCUCCAGUCCAAGACUAUCGAGAUCGAAAGCGUGCGUGGUACUAAUGAGUCUCUGGAAAGGCAGAUCCAGGAGAUGGAGGAGAGGCACAUGGAAGAAACGGCAGGUCUGCAGGAUACUAUUAGUCAGCUGGACAAUGAGCUGAGGAACACAAAGGGUGAGAUGGCACGCCACCUGCGGGAAUAUCAGGAUCUGCUUAAUGUCAAGAUGGCACUGGACAUUGAGAUUGCAGCCUAUCGGAAACUGCUGGAGGGGGAAGAGACCAGGUUUAGCACGACUGGGAUAAGCUUUAUGCCCCCAAACCCUCCUCAGAGUUAUUCUUAUCAGUCUCGAAUCCAUAGUUCUUCCUCCAAGAUAACACCUGCUGGAACCUCCAUGAAGAGAGAUGAAGCAGACGCAGGUGCUAAAACCACUCCCAAGACAGCUACUCACAGAGCGGAGACCUAUGAGGAAAUCAUUGAAGAAACCGUUGUAUCAACCAAAAUAAUAGAUAAGACAAACCAGAAUGAUGGAGCCAGCAGUAACCCUUAAACAACUAGUACCUUACUAAUUAAUUAGAAGUUUCACUUUUCCAUCAAUCCAUUCACUCCUAUAAAUAUGCAGUACAUGCUAGUUUCAUAAUGGUCACAAUAAAUUUCUAGGGAAAUGUAUUCACAAGCAAUGCCAUACUUGAGAUCGCCAUUGGCAUUUCCACUUUAGCUUCCCAUCCAAACACUAAACCCCCCCCCCCCCCCCCAACCCAUAUUCUCUCCAGUGUCGUCCACAGGUGCAUGUACUGGAUUGAGCUGGUAGCCUCUUUAGGAACCAGAGACAGGUGCUGCUUGGGUAAGUGACAGGUAACGGUGCUACCCAUUUAUAACUGUGCCCUGGGCAGUGGCUCUAGCUCGACUGCCCUCAGUAUGACCCCAAACACAAUAAGUACCUAUUUCUGACAGCCCAGGUUUUAAGAAUAUCCAUGCUUGAGCACAUAUAGUUAAAUAAAAAUGACUGAUGUACUAAUUGUUACCUGUGCUUAAGCAUGGAUAGCCUUAAAACCUGGACUGUUAGUGUGCCUUGAAAACUGAGUUUGGGGAUCACUGCUCUAGUGGUAAAGCUAAGAACCCUGUGCUUUAUAAAAGAGGUGCCAACAUCUCUGUGGGGCCCCAGUACUGGGGGUAUGGCCAAUGGGGAUAUGUGGCCAGACUCCACCCCUUCCCCCCUAUGAAAUGUUUUAAAAGAAAGCAGCAGUCAUUCCUCUCUCUCCCUGCCCGAAGUGCUGCUGUCUGCAAUGGGGAAGGGGGGGCAGUGGGCACCAAGACACUGCUAAGCUGCUUCAAUAGGCCCGGUCAAAGAGUACCCCCCACCACCACCAAACCCCCCACCAUACACACACACACACACACACACACACACACACACACACACACCUUUUCGGCACCACUGUACCUAUACAAUACAACAACAGUAUAAAAUGACUGACUGAUGCCCAUGCAGGUGUGAUAGUUGCAUGAUGCACUAUUCUAGAAAUCAACAGUAGACCAUUCCAUAGUGUUUUGUUAUAGAAACUCAUUAAUAAAAGCACAUCACUCUUUAAUACUAUCUAGGAUAGAAUACAGUCUUACAAGUUGCACUUUGUGGUUACAAAAACUAGUAUCUGAUACUAUCGGUGACAUGGGACCAUUUUUCACUUAAAAGCACAUUAGAAAUUGUAGGCAUUUAUAAUGGUUUAUUCUACAAUCAACGCAUACAGUAGAUAGAAGUAUUAUAUUAACAAGUGUGUACACCUGUCCAAUAUGUGCACAAAGACAAGUCACACAACUUCCUUCAGCAUACAGUGGGGGUAGGACUACACUCGCACAAGCAGAAGAUUGACGUGAUAAGCAUUGGCAACAGAGAGCAUUAUACACCAAAAACAGCAACUGAUAUGAGUCAUUGCUCCUAUGGUUGCUUCAGAGUAGACAAGUGGAUGUGCCAUAGCAAAGGUACAUUCCUCCAGCAAGAUGUGCCUAGGUUAAGAAUCUGUCUUUACAUGCCUUACUACAAGUGACAGUCCUCUGAUCUCAGAGUAAUGUUUGAUGCAUAUCUGCUUUUGUGACCAGAGGUUAAUGGGAUUAUUUGGGACAUUUUCGAUAGUUAAACCCUGAAAUGCUGAAAAUGUUGAUGAUAAGUGAAAGUGACAAUAAUCUAACACCUGCAGAGAAGGAAAAUAAAUAAAACAAACAUCAUGAUAUCAA